CCCGAGCCCCGGAAUUUCCUCCCAUGGCUGUUUCUCGUCAAUAAUAAGUAUGCUACCGCUCCCCAGUUUUUGUCGGGAAUGAGGCACGAGCUGCGAUCUUUCCGUCUACCUAUCCUUUGACCCUCGUUUCUUUUCUUCCAUCCAGGAUAAUCUCAGACUCGUCCUUUUAACCAUCACAAAUGGCUUCUCCAAUUCCCCGGGGCCUGCGCCAGGUCCUCCAGAAGUCACCCAAUGACAUUGUCAUUCUUUCUUCUCUCCGUACACCCGUGACCCGUGCGAAGAAGGGUGGCUUCAAGGAUGCUUAUCCCGAAGAGCUUCUUGCUAGCGUGCUUCGUGCCACUCUCGAGGCAAACCCGAAUCUUGACCCGGCCCUCAUUGACGACGUCGCCAUCGGUUCCGUUCUCCAGGAGCUCGGUGGUGCCAAAGCCGGCCGUAUGGCUCAGAUCCACGCUGGUUUUCCUAAUUCCGUCUCUUUUCAUACCAUUAACAGACAAUGCUCGUCCGGUCUGGCUGCUAUCUCCACUAUUGCCAACGGAAUACGUGCCGGCGCUAUCAACGUCGGUGUCGGUGGUGGAAUGGAGUCCAUGACUCGUAACUACGGCUCUCGUGCUAUUCCCACUAUCCUCUGGUCUGACCUCAAGGAUUCGCACUCGAAGGACGCUCGAGACUGUAUCAUGCCGAUGGGUAUUACCUCCGAGAAUGUUGCAUCCCGCUACGGAGUCUCCAGGGCAGACCAGGAUGCUUUCGCCGCCGAGUCGCACAAGAAGGCCGCUGCGGCCCAGAAUGCGGGUCUAUUUGACUCAGAAAUUGUUCCCGUGAAGACUCAUUCCUACGAUCCUGAGCACCCCGAUGCUGCUCCCACGGAGAUCACCGUCUCCAAAGACGAUGGAAUUCGUCACAAUCUCUCGGUUGAGAAGAUGGCCAGCUUGAAGCCCGCCUUUUCCGCUGAUGGCGCUAGCACUGCUGGAAACAGUUCCCAGGUCAGCGACGGUGCUGCCGCUGCCCUGCUGAUGCGCCGUUCUACAGCUACUGAGCUCGGUCUGACCUCUUCUAUCAGGGCCCGCUGGGUGGCGUCUGCUGUAGCCGGCUGCGCUCCCGAUGAGAUGGGCGUUGGCCCUGCCGUUGCCAUCCCUAAGCUUUUGCAGAUGCUGGACAUGAGUGUUUCCGACGUCAACAUCUGGGAAAUCAACGAGGCUUUCGCCUCACAGGCCCUGUACUCUAUUCGGAAGCUUGGAAUUGACGAGGCCAAGGUCAAUCCUAAGGGUGGUGCUAUUGCCAUUGGUCACCCACUGGGUGCCACUGGUGCCAGACAGCUGGCAACCCUCCUGCCUGAGCUUGAGCGUACCGGUCAGGACAUCGGUGUCGUGAGCAUGUGCAUCGGAACCGGUAUGGGCAUGGCUGGCAUGUUUAUUCGGGAGUAAAGAUGAAGAAAAGAGGCGAGGACUUCUUUUCUGUACAUUUAAAUUUGCUUGCAGCAAGUUGGAUUUUCAUGAUAUCAGCGUAGACGCAUGUAUAUAUAUUUACAAUUUAC